AUGAGUGCCUAUCGGUUGUCUAUCUGUACGAACGACUUGUUGCGCGGUGAGUUUAUCAGCUCCUCUCAGUGAACCCUCGUCUGUCUGAUAAUUAACUUUACAGAAGCGUUUGGCAAGCACUUGCCCAUGGUGAUUUAAAAGCAAUUUUUUCGUCGUUCUCUAGGCAUCUUUUUUUGAGCCUAGACUUCGUAUAACUAAUCCACCUCCAUUCCAGACGCUCGCCUAAAAUCCGAUCGUUCGCGUUCGAGCAGCCAAUCCGGCUUCGGCGGGGCCAACUUCUUGAGUGCGACCACUCAUCCGGCCCCACCGCUACCGCACAAGGCCGCAUCGUUCAGCCGCGCCGAUCCCCAAACUCCGCUCUCCCGCAAAACCACCAGCGCAUCGACUAAUCAGCAGUUGGCUGAGCUCAUUCGCCAAAGUGGACCCGCCAACAGUGCGAUGAUUUUGCCGGUGGUGAAGAUAAGACGAAAGUCUUUGUUGGCAAAUGUCUCUAGUGUGUUGUUUCUUCUGUCGUACUUGAUCUUUGGCGGGUAUACUUUCAUGUACUUCGAGGCGGAUGCUGCUAGACGAGCCGUGCAUGAGAAUCUUCAGAAAAGAUAUACUUGUAUCGACGCGAUCUUUAUGAGGUAAGCGGCAAACAGAAAUCAAAAAAUUCCAAGCUUACGGGUGUCAGAAGAUUGUUGAAAAUAUUUUCAGUCGACCGUACGAUGCUUCAGUUGCCAUCAGAAUCGCACAAGAAUGUGUGGCGGAUCCGGAUUUGCAGAAAAUCCACGAAUGGAACCUUAAAAACGCACUGUUAUACGGGUUUGGUAUUUUGACCACAUUAGGUGAGUAAAUCAUUUGGCCUAAUCAAGGACGCAUAAUUUACUACCUACAUCCCCAGACAAUACAAUGUAAUCUAUCUCGAGAAUUUUUAGGCUACGGUAAAAUCGAAACCAAAACCUCAGAAGGCAAGGUUUUCACCGUCAUUUGGGGUAUUAUGGGCGUCCCGAUAACGGUCAUCAUCCUCUCGAAUUUUGGGUUAUACCUUCGGCAUCUGGAGCAUACAGUGCGGCAUUGGUUUCUGCGCCGCUGGAGGGAACGAUGUGACCGGGAAAAGUCGCCGACUCUGAAAUCACUGCGAAUUGAGCCCGUUUCCAACGAACUGGGAGUGUCGCCAAUUUCGCUGCUCAUUGUAGUCAUCUUGUAUUUAAUUUUUGGAGCUGUGGUGAUGCCGCUGCUGAAUGGGCGAUUCGAUUUCGUUAAUGGCUUGUAUUACUCAUAUAUUUGCUUCACUGCCAUCGAAUUCGGAGCACUCGUGCCGGAACGGUAGGCUUGCCCACUUCAAGUCAAAUUUUUGCAACCUUUCAGAACCGAGUUUAUCCCAGUUGUAAUUGGUUAUAUGAUAAUGGGUCUGGCUAUAUCGACAGUCGCUGUGGGUGAGUCCGAACCAUCAGAUAAACAAAUGUUUUUCUUUUUUUCCAGAAUUGGGCGCCGUUUACGUCAAGAAAUUGUAUUUCGUGGGCCGAAAGGCGGGCAAUUUCCAGAACGUCCAGAUUUGGUUUGGAUCCAAAAAAUUGCAUGUGACUGAAUUGUUGAGUGCUUUAAGUCAGACAAUUGGGAUAGAUCCGGAUACGUUCGCCGAGUUGGACUUGGAUCAGUUGGUGAAGGUGAGUGUGGAAAUGGAGUCAAGCAGUUUUUUUAACUAAAAACGUAGAUACUUACGAGAAACUCUUCCUCCUUGCUUUAAAUUGCCUUAUUGGAUUCGAAAUUUGAACCUCCAAUGUCUCAAACAUCACGUCAAAUUUGUUCGUUUUAUCCUAUUGUCCUUUCAGGAUGCCAUCUUGGUGAAAGAAGGGAAACUCGAUCGUAUUCCUCAAGCCUACAUCUUCCUCGAGGGGAUCUGGCCUCCGGCUUUGGUGCCCCUCUUCCUUCGCGAUGGUGGUUUCCCGGAAUACGUGGAUGCUGAUGUGAUCUCCACAACAGAUGAAAAAAUGAAAAAACUUCAACGUACCGUUUCCAUGAACUCCUAUUCCGUUCGUCGUCAAAUCGCGUACCGGGAUCUGCCACAAACCGAGCCGGACGACGAGGACAGCAACAACAAUAUUGUACUCGAAUAUUAG